AUGGGAUUCACCGCCGUGUACCUGUCUGUUUUAACAACAGCCAGACACACAAGAAAAAAGAAAGAAAAUGUUGAUGGGAGAAAAGAAAAAGCAAAGGAUUUAUUGGCAGAUGUCAAUGAAGAGAUCAGGCUUCCACGGUUGACAUCAGUACAGAAACAUCGCGCUAAUCCAAAAACUAAUGACCCCGAACAGUAUUACCGCAUAACUGUUGCAAUACCCCUAUUAGAAGACUUAACUUCCCAGCUCAAAAUAAGAUUUACUGACCACAAGAAAGUGAUUGCUGCUUUGUAUACUCUUAUACCAACAGUCUGUUCCGAGAAGGAAACGCCAUUCUCAAGAGAGGAUCUAGUGAUGUACGAGGAUCUGGUGGAACUAGACGAGGCACAAGGCGAAUUUCAACUAUGGAAAUUGUUUUGGCAGGGCAAAAGCCCUUCGGACCGGCCUUCUUGGGCUUCUUGCGCCAUUGAGGCUGUCGGAGAGUGCAACAGGCAAUUGUAUCCCAAUAUUUUUAUGUUAUUGAACAUCUUGUCGACUCUACCAGUAACCACGUGCACCCCGGAAAGGUCAUUUUCCACACUUAGGCGCCUAAAAACCUAUCUACGGAAUUCUUGUGGGCAAGAGAGGCUAACCGGGUUGGCUCUAAUGGCAAUUCACAGAUAUAUCAUCAUCCCAACUAAUGAUGUUAUAACAGAAUUUGCCCAUAAGAAGUCUAGAAGGCUUGAUUUUGUAUUAUGA